AUGGGUUUUGCACAGAAAAUCGCUGCAAGCCAGAAGAAUCAAAUGCCAGGCACAUACGGCGGAGCACCUCCUUCGGGAUACACAGGAGGACCUCCUUCAGCGCUGCAGCCUGGACACAGUCAACAAUAUCAGGCAUAUCCAGGCUCCCCUCCCCCUCAGGGCUCGGAUAUGCUCCCUACGGCUCACACCAACAAUACCAGUCUGCAAAUGCUUCCUCCCCAGCUCCUGGAUCCUACUCGAGGCCUCCUCCGCAGCCCACCUCUCCCUACCCCGCACAAUCUCAGGGCUACGGGCGCCCGCCUCCACCUCCACCGCAAGGCCAGCCCGGUCAGCCCUAUGCCUCCUCCGGCUCGCCUUACCCGGGACAGCCCUAUGGACAACCUGGACAACCUGGACAACCUGGACAACCAUACCCUGGACAACAACCAUCCGGGCAACCCCAGUAUCCUGGACAACAACAGUAUCCCGGCCAGCAACCAUACCCUGGACAACAGCCCUCUUAUGUACAGUCGAACCCCAAACCAAGCACCACCAUAUCCCACACAGGGAGCUCCGUACCCCGGAGGCCAAGCGCGCCCUGGAUCCUCGCCUGCACCACCAGGCGGACCUCCCGGCCAGUAUGGUGCUCCCGGCGGUCCUUCGCCCUCAGCCCCACCGGUUACGCAGCAGCAGGCUGCAGCAUACAGACAGCUAUUGAUCAGCUGCAUUCAAGAGAAUAAUCUCCAAAGCUUCUACCCCCCGGAGCGACUGGACCGACUUGUCCAGUCGCUUGCUGCUGAGGCACCGGGCAAGCUUGCUCGGUUGAUCCACGAAUGGGCCGUGCCCAUGGAGGUUGCUACCGAUGUCAUGAAGCUCGCGUUGUACGAUGUUAUCCUUUACGUGGACGAUAGUGGCUCCAUUGAAUUCGAAGAGAAGGGUCUCCGAAAGGAUCAGUUGAGACAGAUCCUGGGCAUUGUCGCUACUGCGGCGUCGACCUUCGACCAGGAUGGUAUCUCCGUCCGCUUCAUGAAUUCCGCAGAGCAAGGCGAUGGAAUCCGUGAUGCGGAGGACGUCAACCGCUUGGUGUCUCGCGUCCGCUUCUCCGGGCUCACUCCUCUGGGCACCAGCUUGAAGAGCAAGGUCGUUGACCCCAUGGUGGUGGGACCGGCCCGCGCCAACCGCCUUGAGAAGCCUGUGCUUGUCAUCACCAUCACUGACGGACAGCCCGCCGGUGAACCUCACGGUGCUGUGGGCGAUGUCAUUCGUCAUGCUGUCGAGGAGACAUCGCGCACCCGUUACGGUCCUGGUGCCGUGUCCUUCCAGUUCUCGCAGGUGGGCACGGAUUCGCGGGCUCGUGAUUUCCUGUCUUCCCUCGAUGAGGACCCUCACAUUGGCCACUUGAUCGACUGCACCUCCAACUUCGAAGUCGAGCAGGAUGAGAUGUCUCGUGCUAAUCCACCAGUCCACUUGACCCGUGAACUUUGGUGUGCCAAGCUGAUGCUCGGUGCUAUUGAUUCCUCCUACGACACCAAGGACGAGCAAGAACACGAACGUCGUGGACCCCCACCUGCACCCGCAGGGCAAUACGGAGGAUACAACCAGCCUCCUCCCCAAAGCCAAGGUCCGCCUGCUUCGUACAACCCACCACCAGGUGCUCCUCCAGGUUACAACCCGCAAUCUGGAUACCCACAGGCGCCCCAGCAGGCACCCCAGCAACCCCCCUACCAGGCGUCCCGCGGUGCCUAUGGACAGCAACAGCCGUACGUAUAUGCACCACAGCAGGGAUCUGGAUAUCCGCCUUAUGGCCAACCGCCACGCUAUUAG